AUGACUGACGGUACAAGACUUCGUGAAACUUGGAAGGAUGCACUGGAGAGCUCUGAAGCCACUUUCCGCCAGCUCCUUACUUCUCAUUCUUCAUCGGAAUGGAAACAUAUUUCUUUAGCAAGUGAUUCACCCUCGCCAGGCAAGGGGAAGACACGCGCCUCUCCAACUCCUGAGCUCACCGACGUCGUUGUCCACCGCAAAUCUACCAAGUCGGGCGAGAAUGUGUACAGAGUCGUCCUCGACGUCUCAAUUACCGAUCAAUCUGCUCCCCUCGAUUCAUGGAAGGCCGUCAUUACCACUUCGGAACUUAGACAGGAGUGGGACCCCUCGGUUGAGAGCGCGCAUUUGGUGGAAAUGUUUGAUCGCCAGACACGAAUAUCAAAGACUAAUUUUACCCUUGGCUGGCCUGCCAAUCCACGGGAUGCUGUAACGAUUUCACGCCUCUACCAGGAUACAUCUACGAUAAUAGAUAUCUCUACCUCUUUACCACGCUCAUCCGACGAGCCAGCGUACUUGAGGCCAUCGCCUCCAUAUGUCAGAUCACAAGUUGCAUUGUUCGCUUGGUGUAUUCAGUAUGUUCAACCAUCCUCAGCCCCACAGCCGCACUCCCCAGCCGAUCAAAUCAAACGACGCAUGUCGACAUAUAUGGCCCAGCCACGUCUUCGCAUUACGUGUUUCUGGCAGCAUGACCUUCGUGCGAUUUGGAAUUUUGGCUCCGCUUCUAGUGUGUGCCAGCAAUUAUGCACGAUGAUGCUGGGUCUGUAUAAGACCGUCCUAGCACGUGGCUCUCGCAUACCGGUGCUUGCAGGACACGGAUAUGGAGUUAGCAUUGAGAAGAUACGGUUUCAGCUCGACAGACAGGCUCUUUCCAUUGAAUAUGUAAUACACUCGGAGGAAGAAGACCAUGUAGGGGAGACAGGUCAGGGACUAGACGUCAUUAAGGAACACAGGCGCCUCGUACGCUCCCUUGAAUGCGUCCUGUCAUCGAAUGAAGGGUGGGAUGUCCAACUAACUGUGAAAGGCUCCUCUCAGAAGGUUGAAAAUCUCCCUUGGAACGCCACUGCCUCGCGACAGAAGCCUUCCUCUCCCAUCAUGGGGAAUAAACCACCGGAACUAACGGUUCUCCGUAUAUCCCAUGCGCCUCUUCCUGACGAUCAUUCUAUAGUCAAAGUUCGCGCGGUUAUAGAACUCUCUGCGCCCUCCAGCGGAAUCAGGCUGAAUGGCCUUCCGCAGACCAUUCAGCUUCUCGAAGAACGCGAUCCGUUAUCUUUCGUACGGCAGCAGCAACAACAACAAAUUCUACAAGAUGCUACCAGUGCUGCGGAUGUGAGCUUCCAAACGUCAUCCUCAGUAAGCUCCGUUGCAUCGAGCUCCACAACACCUACAAGACCACAACUGGCGCCUUCGAUGACUGAGCGAUCUGUGACGGCAGAGAAAACGAUAUUGUCGCGCGUGAAAAGGAGUUAUAUAUACUUCUCGUCACUAUUGCAGGAGCCAGAAGCGAAGUGGAAGCGAACCACGGAAGCACGCGGGGUGUCAGUGACUCAAUUGGAUUCUAUUGAUCCGACCCUGGUGGUGUAUAGAGCAGAAGCCACCUUUGUCGGCCUUGGAUUAUGGGACUUGUAUGGCGCGUUGGUUUCGCCUGGUGCUAGGGUGUUUUGGGACAAGCAACAUGAGGAUGCAACGCUUCUCGAAGAUGUGAACGAGCUGACACAAUUGUGGCAUUUCAAGACCAAAUCUGCAUGGCCUGUACAGGGUCGAGACACCGUGCUCUUGAAAACUGUCUAUAAAUCUCCUACCACAAUCCACGUCUUCUCAUUCUCAGCUGAUGACCCAUACUUGUUCCCCUCCAUCCCUCCUCAGGACCCAACUCUCAUUCGUACGCAGGUCGAUCUCCAAGGAUGGGCCAUCGAAACCCUUUCUCCAAGCACCACCCAGCUCACCUUACUCGAGCAGUCAGAUCCCAAAGGAUGGUCCAACAAAGCAAGCAUACCACAGGCUAUGAUCUCUGCUCUCGCUGGCGUUGGUGACUUUGUCAUCAAGUGCGGCGGUCCCCCAGUAGUGACAAGACUUGCGGGGGCGAAAGCUAACGACAUGAGAUAUGAUCACGAGAGGGGUGCCUUUCGCGUCGAGUAUGAAGGCUCAGAGAAUCGCCGAGCAUCCACAACCAUCACGGAAGAUUCGGCAAAUGAAUCAGCCGUAGCCACCAAUUCUCGCACGAUGCGCACGAUUGAGUGCGAGAUCCGUUGUGACAUGGACACGUGGGCAUCUGCAUUUGAUGUUGUCGUCGACCCCCCUCCGCAUAGUAUCACAGCCCUGCGCCGUCACCGAUUGUCCGCCGGUGGAGGAGGGCUAUGGUUGACGCUCACACAUGAUGCUUUGUUCGCUGCAGAUGAGAGACUUCUGGCUAUUGUACGCCGUGGGCCCAUGGGACCUGGGAAAGAUAAGGGUGUUGUGAUGGUCAAUGGGGCACGUGUAAUUGUCGAUGUCGAAGAACUUCCUGAGCAGGAGAUUAAGGCACUUGCGAAGCGCAAACGCAUCAAGCCUAUACGCGUUCCGCUCGACCAACCCCCAGUCGUGGGUGUCAUUCGACGGCGGCGGGCAGAGUGGGACGCAGACGGCGAUAUUCCGAAUAGCUCAGAUUCUACCCCCAGAAAUUUAUCACCCGAACCCCCCGAACUUACGAAGCCCACACCAAUAUCAACGUGGUUAACAUCUCCGAAGAUCGCGAGUCCGCUUGCCAGCUUUUGGUCGACUGCUGUAGAAUCAGCGACGACUACGACACAGCAAGCGGUUGCUGCAAUGGCUCCUGGAGACGGAGGUGCCCCAUCUGCAUCACGAGCGCCUAUGCAACAUGCCGCGGAAGCUUUGCAAUGGAUGCGAGAUCUCCAGUGCGGUGGUCCCGAUGCAAAAACUGGAUGGGUAUCGCUGGGAGAUAAGGGGAUGUCAGUGCAUCGCAAAUUACUCACAGACAUUUCGCCCUCCAUCCUAGUGCACAAAGGCGAGAAAGUCAUUGAAGGAGUCUCCGCAGAAGAGGUUGCUGCUGUUGUGACGAACUAUGAGUGUCGCAAGCAGUGGGAUGUCCGAUUCGCUUCUGCCUCGAUCUUGGAGAGGUUUGGGUCGAAAUGCCAUACCGCGUUUAUGGUGUCCAAAGGAGGAUUUCCUUUCCGUGAUCGGGGGUUCUUCGUGGCGUCUAUCAUGGCUCGCUCUAGGCUUCCACUCUCAAGUUUAGACCUCACACCGGGAGAGACGGGCCCCUCACAAGACGCUCGUUCUGUCAUAUUUUGCGUGUCCGCGUCUUUCAACCCAGAUUCGGCCGCAUCAUUUUCUUCAUCCAAGUACAAUCCUUAUGCUCUGCCGAUUGGGCGGGUGUAUAUCGAUGGUUGGAUGUUUGAGACCCUCGACCCGUAUACCAAGGAGAACUACGCCAUUCCAUCAACGCGGUGCACCAGAGUCGUUGCGGUGGACUACGCGGGAUCCAUACCGGUAGCAAUGAACUCGCUUAUCAAUAGCGCCCUCCCCAAGUCGAUACUUGCUGUGGAGACCUACCUGAAGGCCAAUUCACCCAUGCCAUACACGAGGCUUCCAGCAGCAGGUGUUGUCUUGGCGGAACAGAAAGACGGCACUGGAGUUAACGCUCCUACUUGGAGAUUAAGGAAGAAGGACGACAAUCGGAAGCUGAUCGUGUCGACUUUCAACCCUGCCAAUCAAACACAUCGCAGUGUUGUGUUGCUCACGAUGCCCGGUACCAUAUCAAGUAAACCUGAUGAUCUCACUCCUAGGCCAAGCAAAGUGGGUCUGCCAACUCUUGGUCCUACUCCUGAGGCUCGGGCGAACAAUUCAGUAGAACUCCCUCCAUCUCCGACUCCUUCAUUCACGCCAUAUCCUCGCAGGACCUCUUCAGCCUCUGCAGGCUCUACCUCUGAGCCCUUGAAACCAUCAUCUGCGUUUACAUUGAAGGGCGAAAUCAGACAUUCCACGGAUCUUCUCGUUGCCGAGAUUGUCGUAGACUCAAAACUCUAUCCAGUGGGCUACGAAGUUCUUAUUACACCUCGUCCACGAGACAAUGCGAAGUUUAUCUCCCUCGAAACCCCCCGCGAGAACGACAUGGAACUGGCUUCCAGUGCAAGUACAACCGACCUGCCCAUCAGUUCAAGCGUAUACACCAUUCCUGCUUCGCCACUGCACUCAUCAGGACUGAAUGCUGAUCGGCCACCGCGACAUCUCCUAAGGUUGACUUUGCCCACCGCCCAAUAUCAGGUAUCUACGGUGAAAGAUCCACUUACGGGCGAGAUCAGGACAGCACCUCCAAAGCCUCAGUGGUUUAAUGAUUUGCAUGAAAAAGGGUUUGUGGUGCAGGUAGAGAUUAAGCCUAUCAUAAUGCCUGCUUUGGGUGUCAGGAAGAGUGACGGUGGCGUGAGUGUGAAGGUCGGCGGCGCGACUGUUGGAAUUGCUAGUGAGAAGGAGUCAUUAACUGCACUUGGGCGCGAUGAGCUUCAGGAUGAUCGAGUCUCUCGUAUGCCUGUGCUCCAAAGAUCCGCGGAUGAUGGGGACUCGUUCCCCGACGAGCUCAAAGAGCCCCUGUCCCGUGCAGAUGACCUACUCGAUAAUGGCGCUAUCGUCGCUGCUAUCGAUAUCAACGAAGAUCCGGAAGCACUGGAGGAGAGCAAGCCAAAGGUGGAAGUGAUCGAAAACGGGCCGCCCUUGGAUACCCCCGAGAACGGUACAGUUGCGCAAGUUCUGCCGCAGCCAUUAUCAAAUAGCGGAUUGUUUGGAUUCUUAAACGCUUAUCCCAAUCCGCUAUCUCGUUGGUCUUCAUCAGCUGUUAAGGAGGCUGUUUCACCAAUGCCACAGUCUGUUUCAUCCUCUCGUCGAUCGUCUCAAAGCGUUCCGAAGCCACCUGGUGGACUGUCGAGGACGGAGACAGAGAGCACAACCACCACGAUGACAACACACAUUGUUCGGAUGCCGACAACAUACCCACUGUCGACUGUUCUAAUCAUAGCGUUAAUUGCUUUCUUAAUUGGAUCGUUGCUGCGAUCGCUUCUCUCACCUGCAGACUUCAUUUAUUACGUCGUAACAGAUCAUCGGGAUGACGAGGAGGGGAGUGCGGCGGGAUGGCGGGAGAUCAGACGGUUGUUGGAGGUGAAGUACAUUGUUGGUGGAUGGGACUUCCAGAUUGCAGUUGUUCGCCGACAUUGA